AAGGAGCUCUACGAGGUUCCCGGCGGUGACCGGGUUGCUGCUGUCCCUCCUCGGGGAUCUCAGCGGUGGCCUGGCCCGUCGGGGGCUUCCUCAAGCCUGUCUCCUCAGGCUGCCCCCUGGGCGGCCGUGUGCGCGCGGGCGGGCCGUGCAAUAAAUUCGGGUACUUCGUCGGCUGCGACGACCUUCUCUCCUUGGGCCUACAGACGAUAGGUGCUGGAGGCCAGCUCUGUUUGGCAUCAGAGGUGGGACUGACUUCAACGCAUAGGCUGACUUGUUGGGCCGAGCGCCGCCUCAGCAGGGCGACGAUGCAAGGGUUGGGCGGCACAGGGGCUCAACAGUCGAAGGACUGCUCCUUCCCGGCCGGCACCGUGGGCGGCGCGCCCCUGAAGAUCAGCUGGUUCCUGGUGAUUUUCUUUGUCUAUCAGCUGAUCGAUGCAGCAAACGCCAAGGGAGCUCCGAUCUGGCUCCGUGUGCUUCAAGUGGUGGUCGGCGAGCUCCUUCUGCUGCUGACAGUGCUCUGCCACGAGAUGGGGCACGGGACAAUGGCAAGAAGAAAAGGCGGAGAGAUUCAUGAGGUGCUGCUGUGGCCCUUCGGCGGCAUCUGCUUCACCACGCGCGCGCAGGGCCGGGGGCCUAGGGAGAAGCUGGUGGACGACCUGUGGAUCGUCGGGGCCGGGCCCGCGACGCACUUCCCCAUGGCAGCCGUGUGGCUCGCCCUCGUGAGUGUCAUGGUGGGGAUCUGCUCGGACGUGCACUUCCCCACGGCCAGCUGGCGGUACCUGAUUCCGUUCGCCAAUCAGACCCAGGCCCGUGCCCUCCCAGGGCGUUCCCGGUGCAGCACGGCCCGGACAUCUGCUUCACCACGUACACAGGCUACCUCCUGCACCACUUCUUCGUGCAGGCCGUGCAGCUCAACGUGCUGCUGUUCAUCUUCAACGUCUUCUUCCCGAUGUACCCGAUGGACGGGGCCAAGCUCAUCGUCUGCUCGCUGCAGCUGU